UGCCACAGACUCACAUGCCACAGACCCAGUAACCAGCAGAGCUUGGACGGAUGUGGUCAAUGUCACGGACUCGGAGGUGUCACGGACCCGGAGGUCGGUUACAGGUUUAUAUUCUGACGUUUCGACUUCAGUCACAGCAAUGUCUGCUACCGGUCUGACAGAGGUCACCACGGAGGUCACCACGGAGACGACCACGGAGACGACCACGGAGACGACCACGGACACGUCACUGAGUCCUUCAUGGAGAAACGUCCCCAAUCUAGGGACUGACGCACACACCUCCUUCACAGAUUUCACCUUCAACUAUGACGACACGACUGAAGCUCCAUCAAAACAACAAACUUCCACAUCAACCAUGGAGAUGCAUCCUCCAGCCAUGCCCACCUUCUCCCAGAAUGCACCUGGAGUAACGUUCAUGCUACAGACAGAAAGCUCAGCGAGCUCCGCCCCUCCAGGCAGGUCGGCUCUGCCCACAUCUCCAGCAACUGCGAGUAUCACAACCUCAGACCCAAUGGUCCCGCCCACGAGUCCGACAAACACACACAUAGCCACCGCCACAUCCGUCACUACGGACACCAUGACGACGACCAUCCAAACCAUGCGUGUCACCACGUCUGUCUCCACGGAAACCAUCCACACCACACCACCCACCAUCACUAGAGCCACUGCAAUAAUGACCACGAGUGUUCCAGUGACGUCAGAGCUCAGCUCAGCUCCAGCUACGGUUUCCCGCUGCUCAGUGAUCGUGAGUGAGGUCGGCUCUGGUUCUCACUGGGCGGAGCUGGCACUGACCACUGGGGGCGUGUCCUGUAACUUUAGCGUGGUUAACGGGGAGGAGUCCAGCGACUGCGAUGCCUUUGGAGAAAACGACUUCCUGUGUCGGGUUGAAGAUCUGAAACCUGGAACUUUGUACGAGUUAACGGUGAUUUCAAGGAAGGACGGCGAGAAGAGCAACAAGUCCGUACGUACAGAGCCCGUGGGUCCGGCUCGUCUGGAGGUCCAGCUCAACCCGGUCCACGCCGGUUCCGUGGGUCUGACGGUGUGGUGGUCUCGCUCUGCCGGUCAUGUGGACUGGUAUGAUGUGAGUCUGGAGGACAGCAGCUCUGGAUCCAGGACCAGGACCAGAAUCCUGGACUCUGCAGUCCCCCGGUCUGGGUUCAGCUCGCUGCUUCCUGGUUCUCUGUACUCGGUCAGCGUGGUGGCGACGUCCGGUAACAAGAGCGCUCUACCUGUCGUUACCACGGCAACUACAGCUCCCUCUUCUGUCCUCGGCCUCCAGGUGGCGUCGGCGUCCUCACGCAGCGUGGCGGUGUCGUGGCGCCCGGGUCCGGGCAGAACCGAGCGGUUUGUGGUUCUGCUGACGGACCAGGACGCGGUUCUGUUGAAGAACGUCACGCUAACGAACACCGUGACGUCUGCUGAGAUGGACGCUCUGCAGCCAGGGACCCACUACACCGUCACCGUGGUAACAGAGGCUGGCGGCCUGCAGAGCUCCGCCUCCAUACAGGCUGUCACAGUUCCUGCGGCGGUGACUCGUCUGACGAUCGACAACAACAGCAGCUGCGUCACGCUGCUCGCCUCCUGGCGCCCACCUGUAGGGGGCGUGGACUUCUACCUGCUCACCCUCUCCGCUCUGGGAUCCACGCUGCAGCAGCGCCACCUCCCGCCCGACGCCACCCGGGCGACGCUGGGCGGUCUGACGCCCGGACGCAGCUACCGGCUGUCAAUCCAGAGCACAGCCGGGGGGCGGAGCACGGAGACCGGGACCUCAGGGAGAACCGUCCCUCGCCCGGUGUCCUCUCUCUCCUUGUCCCCUCUGGGGGACGGCAGGUCACUGAGGCUCAGCUGGGCGCCGCCCGCAGGCGACUGGGAGAACUACAGCGUUCUGCUGUGGAACGACUCGGCGGUUCUGGUGAACACGACGUUGAAGAACCUGAGCGUUGACUUUGUCUUCUCCGGCCUCGGCCUGGUGCCCGGGCGCCGCUACAGGGCAGAGGUCACGGUUCAGAGUGGCGUGAUGGUUAAUACGGCGUUGUGUUAUGGACAGCUGGCUCCGGCUCCGGUGCAGCAGCUGCUCGUCCGUCACGUGGACCAAACGUCUCUGAGCGUCCGCUGGACUCCGCCCAUCGGGCAGUGGGAGGGCUUCACUGUGGUCGUCAGGGAAGCAGACUCCGCCUCCGAGGUGGCUCAGAGGCUCCUCCCCUGGGAUGCCACAGAGUUCAUCUUCAUCCUCCUGACGUCUGGACGCCGCUACACCGUCACCGUGACGACCACCAGCAGGAACCUGAGCAGCUCCGCCUCCGUGUCGGCUCGGACAGCUCCGGCGCAGGUCGGCGUGCUGAGGCUCUCUAACCUUGGAACCGUCGACAGCCUCCAGGCUCGUUGGGAGCGAGCGUUUGGCGAGCUGGACUCGUAUCGUCUGCUGCUCGUCCACGACAGCAGCGUCAUCAAGAACCAGAGCGUGGACGCCAACGCCACCGCCGUCACCUUCCACGCCCUCAGAGCCGGGGCGCUGUACCGCGUUGUGUUGACCACGGUCAGAGCUGGACACGCCUCCAGACAGACAGUGGCAGAGGGACGCACCGUCCCGGCCGCCGUGGGCGAGGUGACGGUCAGUAAUAAUGGUCGUACAGAUUUUCUCAGCGUGUCGUGGCGUCCGGCGUCCGGCGAGCUGGACAGUUACCUGGUGACCCUGAGGGACGGGGAGGAGCCUGUCCACACGCUGGCUGUGUCUCGGUCCAGUCCCGAGUGUGUCUUCAACUCGCUGGUGUCCGGACGACUCUACAACAUCUCCAUCAGCUCCCGCAGCGGCAACUUCCUCAACCACACCUCCGUCCAGGAGAGGACCCAGCCGUCGAAGGUCCAGAACCCGACGGCGAGCCACGCCGCCCGGGACGACUACCUGAGGGUCUACUGGCGCCAUGCGGCCGGAGACUUGGACCGGUACCAGGUGUUCAUCAAACACAACAACGUGUUCCUGCAGAACCAGACGGUGCUGAAGACGCAGAACGAGUGCGUGUUCCACCACCUGGUGCCGGGCCGGCUCUACACCGUGCUGGUGAACACCCGCAGCGGCAAAUACCAAACCAGCACCUCCACCCACGGGCGCACGUUUCCGGCGGGGGUGCGUUCCCUGGCGCUGGCGGCUCGGGGCAGCGAGGAGCUGAGGGUGCGCUGGUCGGCCGCUCCGGGCGACGUGGAUCACUACGAGGUGCAGCUGCUGUUUAACGACAUGAAGGUGUUCCCCCCCAUCACGCUCGGCAGCGGCGUGGGCGAGUGCGUCCUGUCCUCCCUCACCCCCGGACGUCUGUACAAGAUCCUGGUGUCCACCUUCAGUGGGCCCAACCAGAGAGCCCAGUUUAUAGAAGGCCGCACAGUCCCCAGCGCAGUGAAGAACCUCCGGGUCCGUCCCGCUGGGGACAGCAGCAGUCUGCAGGUGAGCUGGACGCCGGGCGAGGGCGACGUGGACACGUUCUCUGUGUUUCUGUUCAGAGACGGAAGACAGCUGGACGUCCGGUGUGUCCUCAAACACCAGAGCCAGGUGAGCUUCGGCUCGCUGCAGCCGGGACAGACGUACGACGUGACGGUGCAGUCGGUGAGCGGAGAGCUGGUCCACAACAUCACAGCCUCAGGACGCACAGUCCCCUCAGCAGUGACCGGGCUCCGGGUGGAGACCCUCCAGACCACCUGCAGCCUCCAGGUCAGCUGGCAGGAAGCUCUGGGCGUGGCGGACGGGUACAUCCUGCAGGUUCUGGACGACAGAGGCUUCCUGGUGUCCAACUCCUCUCCGGACGCCGGCUGCACCAGCUACAGGUUUCACAGCCUGAUCCCGGGAAAGAAGUACAGAGUCCUGGUCCAGACGACCAGCGGGGGGGUGCACAGUCCGGCGGUCGGUGCGGAGUCUCGGACACGUCCUGCAGCCGCCACAGACCUGUCCGUCAAGUCCAACACCACCAGCAGCCUGUCGUUCCUCUGGUCACCACCAGAGGGAGACUUUGAGCUCUAUGAGAUCCUCUUAUAUCAAAGGGACGAGUCCUUGCAGGAGAGACAACGAGUCCAGUCCAGCAGUCAGCAGUGCUCCUUUCAUGGUCUCAUACCCGGCGCCCCCUAUAGGGUGGUGGUCCUGACCCACAGCGGAGACCAGAGCAACCAGACCUCCAUCUGGGCCCGCACAGUCCCAGCAGCCGUUGUCUCUCUGACGUCCCGCAGUGGGAACCGGUCUGAUGUCCUUGUGGUCACCUGGACUCGUGGCGCCGGCGAGCUGAGCGGCCUCCUCUUGUCUCUCUUUGAUCCCAACGGCUCCCGGCGAGCUGAGCAGCAUCUGGGGUCAGAGGUCACCGAGUUCGUCUUCUCACAUCUGGUCCCGGGACGCCUGUACCGAGCCGAGGUCGUGAGUCUGAGCGGCGCCCUGAGCAACCGGGCGGCGGCCGCCGGCCGGACCGCACCAAGACCUCCCACUUCCUUCCUGUUUGGGGGGGUCACCAACACGUCGCUGGAGGUCACGUGGAGCGGGCCGGCCGGGUCUGACUACGACGACUUCGACCUGCGGUGGACCCCCGAGGACCAGCUGUCCGUCAUCAACCCGUACCUCAGCCGCACCUCCGGCAGCCGCCUGCUGAGGAGCAUGUUCCCCGGACGCCUCUACACCUUCAGCCUCCGCACCGUCAGCGGCGCCACGGUGCCCGGGGCCACGCCCACCCUCAGCACACCCAUCCAAUACAGCAUCCGAACCAAACCAGAGCGAGUCGCCAGCCUCCACUGUCGCCCUCAGAGCUCCACCUCCAUCUCCUGCUCCUGGGCGCCUCCGGUGGCCGACUAUGACUCCUACACGGUGGAGUGUCUGCGUCAUGACUCCCAGAAGCUGGUCUACUCCAGGCGCACAGGGAGGAACUCCACCAGCUACGUCAUCUCCCAGCUGGAGCCACACAAACGCUACAGCGUCUCCGUGAAGGUGAUCUCCGACGCCACGACCAGCGAGGAGGCCGAGGACAGCGUGGUCACCAUGAUCGACAGUCCCCCGGCCCCCCCGCUCGGUGUCCGGGUCAGCGUUAGGUCGGCGGUGGUCACCAGGUCGUCCAUCGUCUUCACCUUCAACUGCAGCUGGUUCAGUGACGUGAACGGAGCCAUCAGGUUCUUCACCGUGCUGGUGACGGAGUCCGGAGGUUGUGAGGACGUGCAGCCCCAGCAGCAGCACCCUCUGCCCUCCUACCUGGACUACAGCUCCAACAGCUCCAUCAAGUCCUACCAGACCAGCUACUUCCCCAGCCGCUGCAGCCAGGGCCCGGACCAGAACCACAGCCUGCAGAUCAGUUUGGGGAAUGGCACGGACUCGCUGGGGGGGGCCUGUGACCCAGAGGCCAGCAGAAACCUGGUCCACUUCUGUGAUGGACCCCUGAAACCUCAGACCUCCUACAGACUCAGUGUUCGAGCUUUCACUCAUCUGUUCGACGACGAGAAGAGCGACUCCAGCGUCUCGGCUCCUCUGUUCGCCGACACCUACCUGUCGCUGCCCGUGGUCACGGAGGCAGAACCUCUGAGCGGCGUCCUCCAGGGCGUCGGCACCGGACUGGUCCUCUUCGUCCUGAUGGGCGGAGUCACCGCUCUGCUCGCCUGCAGAUACAAGUCUCACAAAGUAGUGGAGGAGAGAGCGGUCGUCAGAGAGAGAGAGAUGACAGGAGUUCAUCUGGGGGUCAGAGGCCACCGUCGCAGUUCAAGUCCCAUCAAGGUCACAAACUUUGAGUGUCACUACCACAAACUUCUGGCCGACUCCCACUACCUCCUGUCAGAGGAGUAUGAGGACCUGAAGGACGUCGGUCGUAAUCAACUGAUGGACUCUGCCCUGCUGCCGGAGAACCGUGGGAAGAACCGAUACAACAACAUCCUGCCCUACGAUUCAACGAGGGUCAAACUGUCCUACGUGGAUGAUGACCCCUGCUCCGACUACAUCAACGCCAGCUACAUCCCGGGUUACAACUUCCGUCGGGAGUACGUGGCCACUCAGGGGCCGCUGCCCGGGACCAAGGAUGAUUUCUGGAAGAUGGUUUGGGAGCAGAACGUCCACAACGUGGUGAUGGUCACUCAGUGUGUAGAGAAAGGACGGGUGAAGUGUGAUCACUACUGGCCUUUUGACCAGGAUCCUCUGUACUAUGGAGAUCUGAUCGUGCAGAUGUUGUCAGAGUCUGUUCUGCCUGAGUGGACCAUCAGAGAGUUCAACAUCUGCAGCGAGGAUCAGCUGAGCGUCACUCGUCUGCUCCGUCAGUUCCACUUCACAGUUUGGCCGGAUCAUGGAGUUCCAGAAACCACUCAGUCCCUGGUGCAGUUCGUCAGGACCGUCAGAGACUACGUCAGCAGGACUGGAUCUGGAUCAGGACCCACUGUGGUCCACUGCAGUGCUGGUGUGGGUCGCACAGGGACCUUCAUGGUUCUGGAUCGAGUGCUGCAGCAGCUCGACACCAGGGACACGCUCGAUAUCUACGGCUCUGUAUUUGACCUGAGACUCCAUCGAUCCCACAUGGUGCAGACUGAGUGUCAGUACUCUUACCUGCACCAGUGCGUACGAGACGUCCUGAGAGCCAGGAAGCUUCGCAGUGAGCAGGAGAAACUUUUCUGUCCCAUCUACGAAAACUACAGCAGAGAGACGCUGAACUCCAGACGUUGAAGAUUUAAAGACGACAGAUGUGAAGCUUCAGGGAAACACGACGAUUCUAUUUUUAUAUCCCUCUUUAUAUUAUAAUGAUAAUUUAGGAGCUGUAUAUGUUUCUGUGAACACAUCUGUCUGUGUAGAUUAUUAUAUGAUGUUUGAUUAUCAGUCUUUAUCAGUCUUGUGUUAAAAUGAUCGUCUUCUACUGCCCCCAUGUGGCUGUAAGAUGUCAGAGCAGCCUCCUCUCAGUUGAACCUGAGCCACAUAUUUUACACAUGAAAUUAUUCUGUCAUCACGUUUAUCACAGAUGUGAUUCUACAUGAAGUUGACUGGAUGUAUUUUUAUACAUGUGUAAUCACUUCAUUAAACCACAGACUCUGA